UCGCCGUGGGACCCGCGCUGUGUUUUUAGCCGGGUGGAGAAGACGUUAGCAGUCCAACCUAGCCCCGGCCUCCGGCGGCGGGAAGAGCUUAGCCAGCCGCGUGCGAUGGAUGCCCAGCGCGCCCAGGCCGGCCCCAGGAUGCCCGGGAGCAACACCUGCGCGCCCUGGCCGCCCAUCGGGUUCUGAGCGCGGUACUGCACAGGAUUCUAUAUCAGACGUGUGUAAAAUAGACUGCUUGGCUGAAAGCAGAAAAGCAGCACAAGGAUUUGCUCAAUCCCCUGACCUUUCUCAAGAUGGAACCAAUAACCUUCACAGCGAGGAGACAUGUCUUCCCGAACGAGGCCUCAGUGGACUUUGGCCUUCAGCUGGUGGGCUCUUUGCCCGUGCAUGCUCUCACCACCAUGCCCAUGCUGCCCUGGGUGGUAGCCGAGGUACGAAGGCUCAGUGGGCAGAGCUCCAAAAAGGAGCCUGUUAACAAGCAGGUGCGGCUUUGUGUCUCUCCCUCUGGACUGAGAUGUGAACCUGACCCGGGGAAAAGUCAACAGUGGGACCCGUUGAUCUGUUCCAGCAUCUUUGAGUGCAAGCCUCAGCAUGUUCACAAGCUCAUUCACAACAGUCAUGACCCCAGUUACUUUGCCUGUCUGAUUAAGGAAGACGCCACCCAUCGGCAGAGUAUCUGCUAUGUGUUCAAAGCUGACGAUCAAACAAAAGUGCCUGAGAUCAUCAGCUCCAUCCGCCAGGCCGGCAAGAUCGCACGUCAGGAGGAGCUGCACUGCCCAUCCGAGUUUGACGACACGUUCGCCAAGAAGUUCGAGGUGCUCUUCUGUGGUCGCGUGACGGUGGCCCACAAGAAGGCACCGCCGGCCCUCAUCGACGAGUGCAUUGAGAAGUUCAACCAUGUCAGCUGCAGCAGGCGAGCGGCGGACACGGACGCUGCUGGGGAGCCGGGCCGCAGGCCCAUGCGCAAGUCCUUCUCGCAGCCGGGCCUGCGCUCGCUGGCCUUCCGGAGGGAGUUCCAGGACGGAGGCCUUCGGAGCAGCAGUUUCUUCAGCUCCUUGGAGGAGAGAGACAUUGAGAACCACCUCCUCAGCGGACACCAUAUUGUGCAGCCGACAGAUAUUGAGGAAAACAGAACUAUGCUCUUCACGAUUGGCCAAUCAGAAGUUUACCUCAUCAGUCCAGACACCAAAAAAGUAGCAUUGGAGAAGAACUUUAAGGAGAUAUCCUUUUGCUCUCAGGGCAUCCGGCACGUGGACCACUUUGGGUUUAUCUGCCGGGAGUCUUCGGGCGGUGGCGGCGGCCUCCAUUUCGUCUGCUACGUGUUUCAGUGCGCCAAUGAAGCUCUGGUUGAUGAAAUCAUGAUGACCCUGAAGCAGGCCUUCACAGUGGCCGCGGUGCAGCAGACGGCCAAGGCGCCAGCCCAGCUGUGUGAGGGUUGCCCCCUGCAGGGCCUGCACAAGCUCUGUGAACGCAUAGAGGGAAUGAAUUCUUCUAAAACCAAACUAGAACUCCAGAAGCACCUGACAACCUUAACCAACCAGGAGCAAGCGACUAUUUUUGAGGAGGUUCAGAAAUUGAGACCAAGAAAUGAACAGCGAGAGAAUGAGUUAAUUAUUUCCUUUCUGAGAUGUCUAUAUGAAGAGAAGCAAAAAGAACACGUCCACAUCGGGGAGAUGAAGCAGCCCGGGCACGUUGCUGCAGAGAAUGUUGGAAGUGAGCUGCCAGCCAGUGCCACUCGCUUCAGGCUGGACAUGCUGAGAACCAAAGCGAAGAGGUCUCUGACAGAGUCCUUGGAGAGUAUCCUGUCCCGAGGUAACAAAGCCAGAGGUCUGCCAGAACAUUCUACCAGCGUGGAUCUCGACAGUUCCAUGUCUAGCACAUUAAGUAGCUCCAGCAAGGAGCCAUCGCUGGGUGAAAAGGAGGCCCCACCUGUCCCCGAGAGCUCCUUCAAGCUGCUGGGCUCCUCUGAUGACCUGAGCAGCGAUUCAGAGAGCCACCCCACCGAAGAGCCGGUGCCGCUCUCUCCCCAGCAGGCCUUCAGGAGGCGGGCAAACACCCUUAGUCACUUUCCCGUAGAGGGCCAGGAGUCCCUGGGACCCACCCAGGGCUCGCCAGGGGUCUCGCAGAGGAAACUGAUGAGGUACCACUCACUGGGCACCGAGACACCUCAGGAACGCAGUGGGGACCAUGUACCUGCUGGAGAGGCUGGGUCUGGCCCAGGCCAGCGCCUGGCUCCUCCACCUCGUCUUAACCCUUCCACCUCCUCACCCAACUUUUUUAAGUGUGUAAAACAUACUUCCAGUGGAGAGCCAAGUGGGAAUGCCGUGCCCAAGAGCAUCUCCUACCGUAAUGCCCUGCGGAAAAAGCUUCAUUCUUCCUCCUCUGUGCCAAAUUUUCUAAAAUUUCUGGCUCCCGUAGAUGAAAAUCACACCUCUGACUUUGUGAGCACCAAAAGGAACUUGGAACCCAAAGCUAACCAUGUGGGGGACUCUGGUGGGACCCCCGUGAAGACCCGCAGACACUCGUGGCGGCAGCAGAUCUUCCUUCGGGUGGCUACCCCACAGAAAGCGGGCGACUCACCCAGCAGAUACGAAGACUAUGCGGAGCUGGGAGACCUCCCACCACGGUCUCCCCUAGAGCCUGUUUGUGAAGAUGGGCCCUUUGGUCCCGUGCCGGAGGAGAAGAAAAGGACAUCACGGGAGCUUCGAGAGCUGUGGCGAAAGGCUAUCCUGCAGCAGAUCCUGCUCCUGAGGAUGGAGAAGGAGAACCAGAAACUGCAAGCCUCCGAAAACGAUCUGCUCAACAAGCGCCUGAAGCUCGAUUAUGAAGAAAUCACUCCUUGUCUUAAAGAGGUGACUGCAGUGUGGGAAAAGAUGCUCAGCACUCCGGGCCGGGCAAAGAUCAAGUUUGACAUGGACAAAAUGCACUCGGCUGUCGGGCAAGGUGUCCCACGUCAUCAUCGGGGUGAAAUCUGGAAAUUUCUGGCAGAGCAGUUCCACCUGAAGCAUCCGUUCCCCAGCAAACAGCAGCCCAGGGAUGUGCCAUACAAAGAACUCCUAAAGCAGCUGACGUCCCAGCAGCACGCCAUCCUCAUUGACCUCGGACGAACCUUUCCAACACAUCCCUACUUCUCUGCCCAGCUUGGAGCCGGCCAGCUGUCGCUCUACAACAUUUUGAAGGCCUACUCACUUCUGGACCAGGAAGUGGGGUACUGCCAGGGUCUCAGCUUUGUAGCAGGCAUCUUGCUGCUGCAUAUGAGCGAGGAAGAAGCAUUUCGAAUGCUCAAGUUUCUAAUGUUUGACAUGGGCCUGCGGAAACAGUAUCGGCCGGACAUGAUUAUCUUACAGAUCCAGAUGUACCAGCUCUCACGGCUACUCCACGACUACCACCGAGACCUGUACAAUCACCUGGAGGAGCAUGAGAUUGGUCCCAGCCUCUACGCCGCGCCCUGGUUCCUCACCGUGUUUGCCUCACAGUUCCCACUGGGAUUUGUUGCCAGAGUCUUCGAUAUGAUCUUCCUUCAGGGGUCAGAGGUCAUAUUCAAAGUGGCCCUAAGUCUGUUGGGAAGCCACAAGCCCUUGAUUCUGCAGCAUGAAAACCUAGAGACCAUAGUCGACUUCAUAAAAAACACACUCCCCAACCUGGGCCUGGUACAAAUGGAGAAGACCAUCAGCCAGGUGUUUGAGAUGGACAUCGCCAAGCAGUUACAAGCUUAUGAAGUCGAGUACCAUGUGCUUCAAGAAGAGCUCAUCGAUUCCUCGCCUCUCAGUGACAACCAAAGAAUGGAUAAGUUAGAGAAAACUAACAGCAGCUUACGCAAACAGAACCUUGACCUCCUGGAACAGUUGCAGGUGGCCAACAGCAGGAUCCAAAGCCUGGAAGCCACAGUGGAGAAGCUGCUGGGCAGUGAGAGCAAGCUAAAGCAGGCCUUACUGGCACUAGAGCUGGAGCGGGCUGCCCUACUGCAGGCCAUGGAGGGGCUGCGGGGCCAGCCUGGGGGUCCCGACCCCACUCAGCUCCAGCCCACAGGCGACUGACAAUGGCUGCACAGAAGAGAAUGCAGCUGCAUCCCAACACUUUGCAGGCCCUGACGGAGAGAGAUGGAGGAUGCUGCAGGGAGAGAAGGC